CAAGUGAUCAUCAAUUUUCCUUUCUCCCCCAUAUACAAAAUUUUCACUUAAUCACCACAAGAAGGCAUUCAUGGGUGCCGCGCUAUCUCGAAUGUUAAGCAUGUUGUUCGCGAAGAAAGAGAUGAGGAUUCUUAUGGUUGGUCUCGAUGCUGCUGGAAAAACUACCAUUCUUUAUAAACUUAAGCUUGGAGAGGUCGUCACCACUAUUCCCACCAUCGGGUUUAAUGUGGAAACAGUGGACUACAAGAAUGUGUCCUUUACAGUUUGGGAUGUUGGAGGACAAGACAAGAUAAGGCCAUUGUGGAGGCAUUACUUUCAGAACACACAAGGUCUCAUAUUUGUUGUGGAUAGCAACGACAAGGAUCGGGUUCACGAGGCAAAAGACGAACUCCAUCGCAUGCUAAGCGAGGAGGAAUUAAGGGGGGCAACAAUUUUGGUAUUUGCAAACAAACAGGACCUUCCAAAUGCGAUGAGCAUUGCUGAGAUCACUGAUAAGCUUGGUCUGAAUUCUCUGCGACAUCGACGAUGGUUCAUCCAGGGCACUUGUGCCACUGCUGGCCAGGGACUUUACGAAGGUCUUGAUUGGUUAUCCAGUAAUAUCUCAAUUAAGGCAUGAGUUGGAAUUGAUUGAUACAACUAGUAUUGGCUAAAGCAUCAUAUGGGGAAACAAGGAGUGAUUUAAAUAUGUGUUUCUUUCAUUUAUCUGAAUUAAGAUUCCUAAUUUCCUAUUCCUUUCUAGCAUGCAUAUCUGGGAACAAAAUAGCUUGAUUCUAUACAAUUAUCAUCAUCCAUUAUACAGAAAACUGAUACAAUAAACUCAUUAGCUUAUUUGAUUGUGCCCCUAUUUAAAAUCACUUUUGUUUCUGAA